AUGGCUGGAUUGAAGCGUGCCGUCGACGGCAGCGAGGAGCGCAAUGGCAAGCGGAGCAAGACCAAGGAAGGCUCCGCAUCCAAGAAGACCAAGCCCACAGCGCCCGUGAAGAAGUCAAGCUCUUCAUCAAAGGGUUCCAAGGAUUCCAAGUCUAGCAAGAGCGACAAGAAGCCUUCUAAGAAGGUGCAGAAGGAAGAGUCCGAGGACGAGGACGAAGACGACUUUGACAUCGACGAUGUUUCCGACGAAGAUAUUGAUGCCCUUGAUGCCCUUUCAGACAAUGAAGAUGUUGAGAUGGAAGAUGCCAACGAUAAGGAAGAGGAUUCUGAGGAGAAGGAAGAGAAGGAAGCUGCCCCCAAGAACCCCAACAGUAAGGCUUUUCCCUAUCUUUGGAUGAGACUAGUAACUAAUCGCACUGCGCCCUCAGAUAACUCCCGCGAGUCUCACAUCAAGCAAAAGGCGCUCCAGCAAGAGCGCAAGGCUGCCAAGCCUAAUGCCGACACCGUCGCCCGAUCCAAGAAGCUUUGGGAGCAGCUGCGUCGCAAGUCCCACGUCCCACUGGAGCAGAGAAAGAAGCUGGUCAAGGAGCUGUUCGAGAUCAUUACCAACCGCGUUCGCGAUUUCGUCUUCAAGCACGACUCUGUCCGAGUCAUUCAGACCGCGCUCAAGUACGGAAACCUCGAGCAGCGCAAGCAGAUCGCCCACGAGCUGAAGGGUACCUACAAGGAACUGGCGCAGAGCCGAUACGCCAAGUUCUUGGUUGGAAAGCUGAUUGUGCACGGAGACGAGGAGACCCGCGAUUUGAUUAUCCCAGAGUUUUACGGCAACGUUCGACGUCUCAUUCGCCACGCUGAGGGUUCAUGGAUUCUCGACGAUAUCUACCGACAGGUCGCCAGCAAGGCGCAGAAGGACAGACUUCUCCGCGAGUGGUACGGUCCCGAGUUUGUCAUCUUCCAGAAUGAGGGCGAGACAUCCUCCGACCUGACCAAGAUUCUCGAAGCCCACCCCGAGAAGCGCGGACCUAUCAUGAACUACUUGCGUGAGAUGAUCAACCAGCUGGUGCAGAAGAAGAGCACCGGUUUCACCAUGCUCCACGACGCUAUGCUGCAGUACUUCCUCAACACGAAACCCGGAAGCAACGAAGCCAACGAAUUCAUUGAGUUGCUCAAGAGUGACGAGGAGGGUGACUUGGUUAAGAACUUGGCUUUCACCAAGUCUGGCUCUCGCCUGAUGUGUCUGUCGUUCGCUUACGCCAACGCCAAGGACCGCAAGCUGCUUCUUCGAUUCUACCGUGACACCGUCAAGGCCAUGGCUGGCGACCUCUACGGUCACCAGGUCAUCAUUGCCGCGUACGAGGUUAUCGAUGACACCAAGCUGAGCUCUAAGUCUUUCUUCCCUGAGCUGUUGAACCAGAAUGAUCCCGAGGAGGCCCGUCACGAGGAGCUCUGCUUCCAGAUCAACGACUUGACUGCCCGUAUUCCCGUACUAUACCCCUUUGCCGGCGACCGCGUCAAGUGGCUCCUGCCCGAAGUGGACCAGAAGGUCCUCGAGGAAGUCCGCGAGGUCCGCAAGGAAACCUCCAAGAAGGACCCCACCAUGCGUCGCCAGGAACUUGUCAAGGCCGCCUCCCCCACACUACUGGAGUUCAUUGCCGCGCGCGCCUCUACUCUCCUCGAGACCACCUUCGGCUGCCAGUUCCUCUCUGAGGUUCUGUUCGAGGCCGAUGGUGACAAGACCGCCGCUCUGGCCGCCGUGGCCGAAGCUGCCAAGGAGCACACCGAAGCUCGGGAUACCGCCCACGCCGGCCGUCUCCUGAAGUCUCUUGUGCAGGGUGGUCGUUUCAACGCCGCCACCAAGAGCGUCGAGAAGGUGGAACCAGCCCUGAACUUCCACACAGUCCUUUACGAUCAGAUCAAGGGUGAGGUCAUGGACUGGGCGACUGGUGCUAACCCAUUCGUUAUUGUUGCGCUGGCCGAGUCCGAGGACUUCGAGAAGAAGAGUGAGCUGCUCAAGACGUUGAAGAAGAACAAGAAGGCGCUGGAGCAGGCCUCGGCGUCGACGGUUGAGAAGGAUGGUAAGACGAAGCCUAGCCCGACUAGCAGUGGUGCGAAGAUUCUCCUGGCGAAGAUUUAG